AUGUUAAAAAUAAAAGAUACUAUUUGCAUUCCCCUUAGUGGUUUAUGUGCUAGUAGUAGGUAUUUUAUUGUAUAUUUUGUUCUCUGUGUCCUACAGAAAACAAGUAGACACCUGAAGGCUGUCAGAGGACUGCAUAAGCCUGCAGUGGAAGUCUUGAAGCACCCGGCACCUGAGGACACAGUCACAGCCAGUUUUGGAAAGUUCAUCAGUGAAAUUAAGCCCCAGCACUUGUCUGCUGUGGUGCUCCAGCGCAGUAAAAGGAUGGUGUUGGACAGCAUCGGAGUUGGUCUGAUUGGAAGCACAACAGACGUGUUUGAACUGGCCCUGCAGCACUGCCAGUACAUGUAUGCUCCUGAUGACAUCAGCUCUGUGUACGGACGCACAGGCACCAGACUCUCCCCAACACUGGCAGCUUUUGUCAACGGAGUGGCAACUCACUCCAUGGACUUUGAUGAUACGUGGCACCCUGCCACUCAUCCCUCAGGAGCCGUCCUUCCUGCUGUGCUGGCUCUCAGUGACAUGAUGCCAGCUAACAAUAAGCCCAGUGGUCUGGACUUCUUGCUGGCAUUCAACGUCGGCAUUGAGAUUCAGGGCCGACUAAUGAGGUUCUCUAAUGAGGCCCACAACAUUCCCAAGAGGUUUCACCCUCCCAGUGUGGUCGGGACUAUGGGCAGUGCGGCCGCCUGUGCUCGCCUCUUGUCUCUGGAUCCCUCCCGGAGCAGUCAUGCCUUAGCUAUAGCUGCUUCUCUUGCUGGAGCUCCGAUGGCUAAUGCUGCCACUCAGUCUAAACCUCUGCACAUCGGCAAUGCUUCACGUUUGGGGCUGGAAGCUGCCCUGCUGGCCUCCCGAGGCCUCGAGGCGAGUCCUCUGGUCCUGGAUGCUGUUGCAGGGGUGGCCGGCUUCAACGCCUUUUACGAAGACUAUGUGCCACAGCCCUUAGAGUCACCCAGUGAUGAUGGCCACAUGUUUCUGCUCGAGGAGCAGGACAUGGGCUUCAAGCGCUUCCCCGCCCAUCUGGGGAUGCACUGGGUGGCCGAUGCUGCAGCCUCGAUCCAUAAGGUUCUUGUGGGAGUCGGUCCCGGCACCGUGUCCACAGCUCAAGUGCAGGACAUCCUGCUCCGAGUCCCCCAGUCCAAAUACAUCAACAGGCCUUUCCCAGAGUCUGAGCACGAGGCACGCCACUCCUUCCAGUUCAACGCCUGCAGCGCUCUCCUGGACGGCGAGGUGACCGUGCAGUCCUUCACCCCUGCUGCCAUUAGCCGCCCUGACCUGCUCUCUCUGCUGAGUCGUGUUCGAGUGGAGCAUCCCCAUGACAACCCCGCCAAUUUCAACCGCAUGUAUGGUGAAGUCCAGGUCACACUUGUCGGGGGAGACAUACUGAAGGGACGCUGCGACACCUUCUAUGGCCACUGGCGAAACCCUCUGACCAACGAGAGUCUGAGGAAGAAGUUCAGGAACAACGCAGAGGUGGUGCUUCCCUCAGAGAAGGUGGAGAUGCUGAUUGAUGUGGUGGAGAAGCUGGACAGACUCGGGGACUGCAGGGCCCUGCUGUCACAGCUGCAGUGAACAUUUGCAGACAAACACAAUAUCAGUAAUAGAGAAAUGAUUGUCUCUAAUUACACUACACCUCAAUAUUUAUGGCAAAAUGUAUCUAAAAUGACAUAUUUGACUAAACUCAUGCUUUUAGAAUAUCACCUGUCCAAACUAAAACAGUAACUUAAUAACAGUUUGACUAUUCAACAGCUAAAAGUCUUAUAUGAGAAGCAGUUUUAGACCAGUUCUCUGUAGAUUACAAAUAUUUUCAUAGACCUGUCACCUGCACCGUGCUGUAAAGUUUACUGAAAUCAUUUUGAGUCAUGUCCGAACAUAUUUAUCCACUGCAUAUUGUAAUCAUUUUAUAUUUUUUCAUUUAUUUUACGUUUGUUCAAUUUAUUUUAUCAAGAAAAUAAUAUUGUUCCUGUAAAAUGUGAUCACGUUAUACCGCAAGGGAAAAACAAAGGUAGAUUUAUGUACUGAAUAUUUUUCAGAUAACAAUGUUAUACAUAUUUUAAAUGUAUGCAAAAUAUUGUACUUUAAAGAGUGUGUUUUUGCUCAGCAGUGUGUUGCUGAAAUGUCUAUGUAAACCAUGUAAAUGCCUGUUGCUUGUAACUGCAAAUCAGAACUGAAACAUCAUUUUAUA